CUGUCACCUUGCAGUGUUAAUUUGUCCUUGGCCCCCAGCAGGUUGUGUUCGAACCGUAACCUUGUCCAUGCCCAUAUAUGGCGUUGUUUUGGUGUACUGGUGCAUGCCGGGACGGCGGUCAAUGGCCUUCAGACGGGAGGUCAUUCAACCCUAAAUGCGCAUUACGUGACGUGAAUUACGCAACGCGCAGCAACUGGAGCAGUUGAACAUAACCCAGUUGUCUCCGCUGCAAACAUGACGCUCCAAACCUUGCGUUUUAUAACAGAAAUGUGGGGGGAAUGCUGCACAGUCAGCUUUUGACAGCCGUAAUAGUGCCGCGGCGGAUUCACCGCGUCGUAUUUUACGGGAGCCAGAACGUCGGGUGACCCAGUUUUCUGUCCCACGUGAUCCGCGCGUACCAAUCAGCGGAUCGAUUGCGUCCGUUCCUGCAUACGUAAUGAGCUUCUGCUUACGUAAGUCGCCAGCGAGGUGCUACAUGCUGCUGCAACGUGAGGACUGACCACUGGCUAGGACGCAGGUUGGGGAUUUGAUUUACGCACGACAAAAACAGAUUCGCACCGCCGUUUCGCUAAAAAAUGGCGGAGACAGGAGAGGCAGAAGCCAGCGACGGCAGGGAACAGAAACAGCUCUACGGAUUUCAGGCCAGCACGGCAUUCACGGGGCAUCCGUCCCUUCCCAACGGCCGCUCGUCGGAUUCGCCGGAAGCAGGGCAGGAGGCCGAGAAACACAUCGUCUCCGCGAGGGAGGAGGCCAGAGAGCAGUCCCUGCGGCAGUCGGAAGAGGGCGCUGUGGAUCUGAGCGCGAGCCGCCCCGGUCGUCGGGGAGGCUGUCGCUCGGACGCCACGACGCAAGCCGACGAAGACAGCCUCGGCGGGAGCAGCUUCGAUUCCUCCUCGAAUGACGACCGGCAAGAUUCUCCCAGAGAAGGGUCUUCUUCCGACGACCAGGCAGAGGAGCGCCCCCACCCGAGCUACAUGGAGGGGUACCGCCACCCCCACCCUGACGCCCUGCGGGCCGGCAUCCCCACCACCCCCGUGCACCUGGUGUAUCCAGGCAUCGGGUACGUCCAGGUGCAGAUGCCGGUGGACCUGCGCGGCCAGCCCGUGGCGUUCCUCCAGCCCGGCGGGGUCCCCCACGGCACCCCACCGCCCACCUCCGCGGCCUCCUCGAUGACCAUGCUGGAGGAGCUGCGGAAGAGGGUCCACGGGGGCAUCGAGCUCACCAAGCCGCCGCAGCCGCGCAAGAAGGCGCGCAACGUCCCCGACGGAGAGAAGGACAACUCGUACUGGGAGCGCCGGCGGAAAAACAACGAGGCCGCCAAGCGGUCCCGGGAGGCACGGAAGGCCAAGGAAGGCGAGAUCGCGGUCCGGGCCGUCCUGCUGGAGGAGGAGAACAUCAAGUUGCGCUCGCAGGUGGGAGAACUGAAACAGGAGAUGGAGCGCCUCAGAGCGCUGCUCUACGCCUCGUCCUCGGGAAAGGGCGAGAAGUAAACCCCCUCGUUCCCAGGGAAAAUAAGGACGAGAAACAUUAACCUGGUCUGUAAUAGCAGGCGUGAACACCUAGUCUCCACCAGACUACCCAAGCCUAUGGGAAAAAAUAGUAAAAUUUAGCCAGCGAGGAAGAAUAAUUUGCCAGGGGAGAUUGGCCACAAUGGGGUAACAUGAUAUCACAGCGUAGUUAUGCUAAUUAUCCUCAUCGCUGGCUCAACCUCCCGGCCAAUUAUUUAUUCGCCCUAUUUUUGCCGAAAUCUACUGUCAAUAUUACCUCAUGGUCAGGCCUGGUGGAGGCCGUGAACAUGCCGGGACAGACCAGGACUUGUACAGAAAAUAGGUCAUCUUGACCUGUAGGUUAAACCUUUAUCAGGCUCCACAGGUACAUGGGAAGAUAAUUAUAGCAAUUCGCCAAAAUAGAUGACAUGCCAGAGGAGUUAGCUGGCGAUUAGUGGGCUACAGAGAAGACGGAGGCCCGCGCGGGAUCCCAUUGUCGCCAGUUGUACUUCUGGCCGGCUUAUAGUCUGUGUAACACUAACUCUGCUGUCCAGGGCUGUAACUGGGCCGGCGGAUGUUGGGCGGGCUGCUAUAAGCGAGAUUUAAUCAGGCUAGCCGGCUUACUCCUCUGGCAUUUAAUCUGUCUUUUUGGCCAAUUUCACUAGUUUUCCAAACGACAUGUGGAGCCUGGUGGAGGCUGCUGUAUGUAAGGGGAGAGAGAAACAGUUCACAAUGACGCCUGCGUGUGUUCUUAAAACACUUCAGCAGUUUUUGAUCAACCUGACAAUGCAUCAUCCGAAUUGGAAACCUUUGUACCAUUUUGAUAAACUCUUGUCAACAAACUUGUCUAAUAUUCAGAAUUCUAUGACAUGAUCGACAGUGAAAACGGACGCUAUGAACAGAAAAGGACAUCAGACAAAGUAAAGAGGAUCAUUAACCUGAAGUACUGAGUAUUGUAAAGGACCCAGGUCAGUUACGUCAGUACCAAGAGAUUAGAGAAAGGCGAGAGUUGAGGGGUUCGCGCCAACACCACCUUUCAGGAUGCCGCCUGAACGCACAAAUGGCAUAUUCUUUAAAUAUAUAUAUAAAUAUGUACAAGUAUAUUGAUAUUAUUGUAUUAAUAAUAUGUGUAGUUCGUAGUGUACUGACUUUUGACUAAUGUCUCGGUGAAUGUGUAUCAUGCUAACGUGUGUCUAGAACAAUCAUAACAAUUGGUGAAAUGAAUGUUACUUUUUGGGUUCGCACAAAUUUUUUACGGAUAGUUUUAUUUUUUUGGGCCAGAUUGUACAUUCCAGUGAAUCCGUAGACUAGGUCCGAAGUAACCGCUGGCUCCUAAUCUUUUCGCUUGCUAACAGCGCUAAGAGCUCGAGUCAGCGGGAACUACAGGCGAUGAAACCAUGGCGAUAACUUUAACACGACUUCAGAAGUAAUUGCAGAACUUACCUCAAUAUCUACCUAGAUGUAUAGGGAACCUAGAUUUUAAAGACCUAGCUUUUAGGUUGUGAAUUUUCGUAAGACGUUGCCAAGAGAAUUCUCUUAAUUACUUAAGAUCAUCA